CGAUUCUUUCAUACAUUUUACACCUCCAACUGAAGUAAUGACAUGAAUGUGUCGCCUAAAGUUAAAGAAAUUAUAUAUUGUGCCUGAGAAGGUUUAUGGGUUUGUGUCAGCCAUAAAUUGGUAAAACGUUGAUUGGGUGUAAGAUCCGAAGACGUGGCGGAAACUAAACAAUCGGAGGACGCAGGCUGUUCUCGUGGUUUGCCUAGGAUGGAGGCAGAACCCAGGAUUUGGAUUGGAAAUCAGAUGCACUGUUGGAGAAGAAUACCAACUUCUCCACACAUACAAAUGUUUUUCUUCUAAUGGGUAACUUUAAUUUGGAAUCUAACGUGACUGUUUUUAAAAGUGCAGUUAUAUUAUUUUUUUUAUUUAUGCUUUAAACAUUUUGUAAUUGCUUAUAAAUAAUAAAAACAUUACUGGAAAGGACAAAAGUUCAACACCUGAAGAUUCUGUAUACAUCCCUAAAACGGCAAUAUCUGAACAGCGUUCUUUUUCUUUUCUUUUUAUACCCCAAGUUAACACAACAGAGACUUUACGUAUAGUCGGAAACACUUCUGAACACAAAAGCUGGGAAUGAACAGUGAUUAAUCCGGGGGAAAUGCGGUGUAAGCUAAAGUCAACAAAAGCAUAAAUGUAGGUCGGAAAGCUGCAGCUGCAGCCUUGUUGUGCCAGGCCUGUCAGGUCUGAGUCCAGCAGAGGGUUUCAGAGAAACCUGCUGUCAAGUCUAAACGCAACAAAAUGCUCCUCACAAUCUGUUCCAGCACAUUAGAUUAACACCGGCCUCAAGUUCAAUGUACCGCUCUGACAAUGCAAUAUCUUAGUUUUAAAGGGGCAGUAUUACGUGUUUUCCGGCCACAUAGUAUUAUUUUAUAGCAGAAUCAAGUAACUACGUUGCCUUCAGUGGUCAUAAAAAUGCUCUGUAUAACUAAUAUGACUUAAAAUAAAUCUCACUGUUAUUUAACGUGUUGAAAUUGGGCCUCUGUCUCUUUAAAAAUUCCUUCUCUUUCUGAAACUCAGACCUUCAGGAAGCCAUCAUAACGUCUCUCUUUUAUUAAACCUUUAGCUGCGUUUUUACCAGGAUUUCACUGAGGAGCAGCUCGCAUAAACAGCUCAGCAGAUGUGUUGUUUCACCAGGUGUUUGCUAAUUGCUGCUGGCUAGUCUGAAGGAGCUGAGUGAGGGAGUCGUGGAGGAGGGCUGCUCUGUGAGCCAGAAGCUUGGAAACUGUAGCUCUGAGGAGGAACUGCGUGUCGAAGGCGGUGCUAGGUCCACCCAGGCGUCUUGGACAACUGAAUGGUUGCCAUGAAGGUUAAAGGAUUUCUCAGACUUGCAUGAAAGAAUCAAAGCAACACUCCUGGAAAUGCGACGGCGUUCCAGAAAGAAGAAUGCAGUUCUGGGAGUUCUGCUUCUCGUCACUGUCCUGUACUACUACUAUCCGUUCGAAUUCCUCCUCACGGGUUUGACUAGAUCGCCUCCAAAGCAACUGAGCUGGCAGCUGGAGAGGCUCGUCAGUAAGGAGUCCUGGGCGGAGCAGGGAGGCUAUCUGCAUCUCAAUGUGUCCUAUCAGCUGCUGGCAGGAACGCCGUCGACUCAGCAGAAGUUCCUGACCAUCGGCAUGUCGUCAGUCAAGCGGAAGAAGGGCAGCUACCUGGUUCCCACGCUGAAGUCGCUCUUCUCUCAGUCGUCUCCUGAGGAGCGCUCCUCCAUGGUGGUGGUGGUGCUGAUCGCAGACUUCGACCUUCACUGGGUAGCCAGUACCGUCAGGGAAAUCAACUCAACGUUUGCCUCUGACCUGGACCGAGGCCAGCUUUUAGUCAUCCACGUGUCCCAGAAGUGGUACCCUCCUCUGACAGGCUUGAAGAGGAACUACAACGACGCUCCCGACCGGGUGUCGUUCCGCUCCAAGCAGAAUGUGGAUUACUCCUUCUUGAUCCACUACAGUGUAGGUCUGGGCCAGUACUACCUCCAGCUGGAAGACGACGUCCUUUCAGCACAGAACUUUCUCACAACGAUUCGGAAGCACAUUGAGGAGCAAAACGCAAAAAAGGGCACCUGGGCGAUGUUGGAGUUUUCAGCCCUUGGUUACAUCGGGAAACUCUACAAGUCCUCCGACCUUCCUCUUCUGGCUCGCUUCCUUUUUCUCUUUUACCAAGAAAUGCCUUGUGACUGGCUGAUGUCUCAUUUCCGACAGCUGAUGACCCAAAGAGAGACCAUCCUCUUUAAACCCUCGCUGUUCCAACACAUGGGCACUUUUUCGUCAUUCCAGGGAACAUACAACAAGCUGAAGGAUAAGAACUUUGAAGAGGGGCUUUACACCAAUCCCUCAGCUGAAGUUUAUUCGAACAUUUCCACCUACCAGAAGUACUACCCCAAACUGGCCUGGGCUCCUGGGGAGGGCUACUUCUGGGGACGCUCUCCAGAAAGAGGGGAUCAUUUGACGGUGGUGUUCCAGGAGCCUGUGGUGGUGACGGGAAUACUGGUGGAAACGGGAUCAGAAGGAAAGGACCUCCUGGACUCCGGUCAGGUGGAGCUAGGCCAAGACGUACUCACUGCAGCGAUAAAGACCUGUAAAACCUUCCAGUCUCUAGGAGCUUUUAUGAAUGGAAAAUUUGAGAUGCGAGAGGUAGACAAACUGCGCGGCUCUGCCUCUUCAUGUCUGAGGAUAUCGGUGACAGCCGAGCAGAAAGACUGGGUGAUCAUUCAGAAAAUAAGAAUCACGACGACGUCCAGCGCAUCCUGACGCCAAACAUAGCUGGUUUGUCUGUCUUCCAGCCUGUCUAACAUUUGGCUUUCCAGUUGGAGGAAACAUGCAUCAGUGGAGCUGCUUCCAACCUGGAGAUGUUUGACCAAAGCAAAUGAUGUAGUUAUUAGAUAAGCCAUAGCAGAUAAGCAAGCAAAUCCAUUUGGUCUUUGUUUCUUAUUGUGGGACUCUGGAGCAUUUUUUGUUAUUUUUUUUUUAUGCUCCAUUUUCCUCUAAACUAUGUAUUUGUGCCUUUUCACUUGAAGUAUAAAUCACUUUUGGCAAAUGUUUUCUUGCAUCACAUUUUCUAGAAGGAAACCUGUUCUACCUCACACAUCAAAUGUGUCAUUUUAUUGGACCAAGGCUUGUGUACAUCAGUCUUUAUUUAUCUAUAAAAUCCUCAGCUCUGUCUGCUCGUAAUAUCUAUCAGAGUAACUGCGUUUCCAUUGACGAUAUAACUGCGCAAUUUGACAUUUCAAAAAUAAAUUUGCUGCUUCAGAAA